GUUUCACCUUCCUGCCAGAAUGAGACUGCCUCCGGAAUUGCUUCUCCAUAUUAUCGACUGCCUCAUUCCCUCGGAAAAAUCUCCCGUGGCAUAUUCGCAGUCAGACCCAGUCACCCAGACCUUGCUCAGCUGGGCGUUGGUAUGCAAGCUUACGCGCACCACAGCGCAGCGGCUCCUGCUGAAACAUUGUCUUUACAUCGACUCUCGUGCUCGUUUGGAAGCCAUACUCGGUAGUAUCGCUCGCGAUGGCUUGUCUUCUCCGCACGGACUCUUCCUGGCUCCUUUCCCGGAAGAGGACCUGGACCAUCUGGAUAUCGCCGGCCAGAUCGAUCUGCUCUUUUCACAGAUCUGUCCUUAUUUAACCCGCCUUGUGAUUGACAUACCGCUGCGCUUCUUAUACCCAGAGGAUGACGAGCUUCAUGUGCGACCGCUCCUCCGCACGGCAUUCGAACGCCUCACAGCAUUGGAAGAAUUCAUCUCUAUUCAGGAUGAGCUGUAUCUCGGAAUAACCGAAGGCCUCGUGGAGCCUUCUGUCUGGUCAUUCUGGCCACGUCUGCGACGUCUAGCUCUGUAUGACGUCGACCUGUCCUGGUGGAGCUUUUUUCAGGACGCACAGCGCUGCCAAACCCUGACGCAUUUGGCUGUCAUCCGCCCAGACGGACUGGUCCAUCAACUGGAGGAAAAGGAGAAGCAUCUGCUUCAUGCGUGGAACUUCGGGUCUCUGCGACGGGUUGUUCUUGCAGACGCAGAGUAUCCGGUUCCCGAAGGGGAUAUGACGCAGACAUUUCUGGGGCGUCUACUGGCCGUCCAAGCUGACAAGGGAGAAAGUAAAGGCUCGGAGGAGCGAGGAGGCAUCGUGGUGGAUAUUCUGCGUCUUGGUGCACCUGGAGACCAAAGAGGAUAUGAAAGAGAAAUUUGUCAGAAGUGGUUUUCAGCGAAAGCGAUCAGUGGUGAACUGUGGCAUUGAUUGAGCUGUCGGGGGUUCUUCGGCAAUUGAUAGGUAUUCGGUGUGCUAGCAAU